CCAUUCUCAUGAAUUUGAAUAGACUAGUAAAUGCAACUGGUGAAUCGUUCCAUCGUUAACACUUCUGGCUUGUCGACAUAACCAUACCGGCUUGUUGUUCGCAAUGAAUUUUUUGCAGUAUUUACACCAAUGACGCUGUUGCGACACCCAAAAAUCCGACCUAUAUUGAUUGUUAUUGUUACUGACGGUCACUAAUGCAUGUGCCCAAUAGUUGCAUGUUACCUACAUGGCAGUUACAAAGGCAGAAAAACGUGCAGGUUAUCGGCACGGUUAUUUUUCAGCAGCCGUCGCUGAUCAAAAGCAAAGUCACACCCACCUAUGGGAGAAUUGAGACGGAGACCGAGGAGUUUGACCAGUGUCCAACUUUUUUUUUCCCCUCACUGCAUUUUUCCCCCCUCUCCCAAAUCCUGAACCCUAAGCGUGUGUACAACUUUUUCUUGGUUGUAAUGCUUUUUGCAAUUAUUCGUCAGUAAUUAUUACAAUGGCUCAUUCUUCGCGCACUUUCGAUAACGAAGUGUCUCUCCUCGCAAGCCCUACUUCAUCCCCCACUCCUUCAUUUAUUACGUCACUUAAUGACAUGACCCAAAAACGACGCCGGUCUGCUCAGCUCGACUGCGACAUACCUUCACCUCCAAACACAAGUGUCAAGCGUGGAAAACAAACGCACGAACCUAACAAUGAUACCAUCGAACCAUAUCUGGGCACGUCGAUACCCAUGGUCGAAGCCGUCACACGACGCAUGUCAGAAAGCGCCAUGUUCAACGAUACUACGCGACCACCAUUCAUGGCACGACAUGCGAAGCUAACCACAACAGAUAAAUCCCGAGAAUGGCGAACCUCUGAUAUUCGUCAUCAGCGUAACGAAAGCGGCAGAACACUGGCAAAAUUUGGUUGGCCCUGUGCGGACCCUCAAGAGGAAGCCAACGAUGUAGAUAUCGGCCACGGCUUUGGCAUUGAGAACAACGACGAGGAUGACGAAGAAGACGAAGAAGAUUUUAUCAAUAUGCCGUUUCGACGUUCUAUCUACAAUGAUCUGAUCAAUAGCAGUGAAUUCGGCCAUUUGAAUGGAGAUGAUGAUAUGGAGCCUUACGCUAGACGGCAAGGACGAAGUUUUGUAGAGAGUUUGUCUGCAUGCGAUCCUGAUGCGCCGUCUGAUACCGUACCGAUGCGUGGGAUGCCUUCUGGGGAUACUCACUCAAUUCCAUUUGCGCCUGAAGACGAAGUGGACCUCUUUUUCUCCAGUCAUGCGGAUGACCCACAUCCAGAUCCAAUGCUAUCGUCGUCCAUCAGUCGCGCCGAAAUCUUAUCGAGCGCCAUGCGAACGUCAGGUUAUUUGACAUCAUCAGCUCAUUUCUUGACGGCCGAAUACUUUGAAAGCCAUGAUCCAGACGAUCGCGACCUUUUCAGCGACAAUGAUCAAGAUGAUAGUGAUGUACAAUAUCUGGAAGCGCAUUUUUCAAUAGAGAGCCGAUUAGGUUCUGGGGAAUUCGCCACCGUGUCAAAGGUAAAAUGUAAAGAUACAGGUGUCUAUUUUGCGGUGAAAAAGACAAAGACACCCUUUUGUGGAUACGAUGACCGGUGGCAGCAGAUAUUGGAAGCCGAUCACUUGUUGGCUGUCCGCGGUAGCCGGCAUUGCGUGAAUCUUGCCAAUGCUUGGGAACAAGAUGGUCAUCUUUAUUUACAGAUGGAACUGUGUGACUGUGGAAGCUUGGAGACAUUUCUGUCAUACAAAGCAGCGGAUGUUAUUGAGGAGUCUUUAAUGUGGAACAUCAUUUACGAUAUUGCUUCCGGCAUCAACGACAUUCAUCAAGGAAAUAUUGUUCAUCUGGAUCUCAAGCCUUCCAAUAUUCUUAUUGAUGCGCAAGGAUAUCUGAAAAUUGCCGACUUUGGAUUAUCCGUACAAUGGCCCGUGGAUCCAAGGUAUAUAAAGGGAGAAGGAGAUCGUCGCUAUAUGGCACCAGAUUUACUACGAGAACAGUUUGAUAAACCAGCGGACAUCUUCAGUUUGGGCCUGAUUGCUCUUGAAAUGAUGACGAAAACCAAGUUGCCCGAAACAGGAGAAUCUUGGGAGAUGUUACGUUUAGGAGACCUUACCGAUUACCCACCCGCUUCACAGCAUUUAUCAGCGCUCAUGCAGCAAUUUGUGCGGUCGAUGCUGAUACCCGAACCUCAGAAUCGACCGUCCAUCGAAGCACUAUUGGAGCAUCCCGAAUUGCAACGCAUACACUCGGAAAGAAAACUCAAUCAACAUGGUCCACUCUAUGAAUAUGCCCAACUAUACAAUCAAUUGCACGAAAAUACGUAA